UUUCUACGCAAAAUAUCACCAAUAUGUUUCCUUUUUAAUGACAUAUUUUUCAAAGAGUCAUUUCAUAUAUAAGUUUAUGGCUGUUGCUAUUUAGCUGCAGGUUAUCAAUAAGUUUUGGCGAACAACAUGUCUUUGAGUGCGAACCUAAUGUUUUUGACUGCGUGAUUAAUGGUUCGAUUUUCACUCGUGGCUAUGCGUCAAAUAUGACUUGUUUACGAUAUUUAUAUCACGGAAACUAAAUCCCUUUGCAAAGAUAUUUGGUGAAAAUGGAACCUCAGAAAUGUGAUGCUAGCUAGAAUAGAACUAUUCAUUUGAUGGAAGAAGAAUGAGCAAGACAUUCCAUUUCAACGGAGCUCUCUAAUCAGUGCUAGAGAGGAAAGAGAGCAUCAAGAUGAGUAUGUUGACGAUCGAGGAGUGCGACCUCCUGUCGGACUCCAAGUACCGGAACUACAUCAGCCAGGUCGAGAAGGCUCUGCGUAGCUUUGAGAACACCAGCGAGUGGGCGGACCUCAUCUCCGCUCUCGGAAAACUCAACAAGGUCUUGUUGGCACAUAUGAAGUACCCAGUUGUUCCUAAGAAAGUGACAAUUGGCAAACGUCUCGCUCAGUGCCUACACCCUGCCCUGCCGAGUGGUGUUCACCUCAAGGCCCUUGAGACAUACGACAUCAUCUUCAAAUGUAUUGGGACGCAGCGUUUGGCCGUGGAUCUGUUCAUCUACAGUGCUGGCAUGUUCCCGCUGCUCAGCCACGCUGCCAUGAGUGUCAAGCCGGUGUUGCUGACUGUGUACGAGAAACACUUUGUGCCCCUGGGCAAGCACAUCAAACCUGGCCUCAAUGGCCUUCUGCUGGGACUGCUGCCUGGCCUUGACGAAGGGGCAGAGAACUAUGACCGGACCAAUGUACUGUUGGAGGACUUCUGUGAUGCAGCGGUCCCCAGCUUCUUCUACACCUGCCUGUGGGAGUGCAUCCUGUCCUGCCCCAGUGUCAGACUCCCAGCCAUCACCUUCCUCGUGUCCCACUUCAACAAGAAGCAGACCAUGGAGGAUCAGCUGGACAUGAUGGGCCUGGAGAUAGACCUGAUGGUGAAGGCAAUCUGCGGCUCCCUGCAGGACAUGAGUGUUCUAGUGCAACGUAUCCUUCUGGACUUCUUGCUGCUGGCAUUCCCCAUGCACAACGCCCAGCUCACCAAGGAAGACAUGAGCAAGAUAGUCAAGUCGGCCAUCAAUGUCGUCCUCCGCCGCGACAUGUCACUCAACCGACGACUGUACGGCUGGUUGCUAGGGACUUCCUCGACCGGAGCCACUGUGGCGGUAACAGAGACAAAUCGACUGCAUCGGUCUGACAGCACUUCUACAUCAAGUGAAUUAGAUCUGGGAUAUUUUCACCAGUACUCUAAGGACCUGUUAGUGAAGGCACUGAAGGGCAAGCUGACCAACACUAAUGGGUUUGACUUUCACACCGGCACAAGGACCUCUGUAUUGAAGCCAUUCAGGAUACUCAUCAGCUUGUUGGACAAACCUGAGAUAGGCCCAGUCAUCCUGGAAAGUGUUCUGUUGUCGGUGUUCAGGUGUUUGCUCCGGGAGUGUAAAGGCGUUCCAGAAGUCUCCGUUCAGAGUGAUACGUCAAGACCUCGGAAGAAUGGCAAAGUCAGCAGAGAGAGUUCAGACAAAGAUGACCAGCUAGGCAGUGAAAUGAUCAAAACUGCUAACUUGCUGUUCGGGUCAUUUGAGCCGUACUUUAUAUGGGACUUUGUGUCACGGAUGUUCACAAGUGCAUGUGAUACCACAAAGAUGGCUCUACGGGCCAGUGUGUCGUCUAGCCACGAAGCAAAUGACUCUCCGUCUCUACUAGAGCUGUGCAGCAUUGUUGAGUUUCUGUUGGAUAUCGUCUCGCUGGAGAUGUACCUAGAGACGCAGACCGAGUACCUCCCUGAGCUGCUCCAUCACAUCAUCGCUUCUGUCAUCGGCCACGUGAACCACAUCACCGAGGCCGAGGUCACCGCCACCCUCAAACUCUGCACCAAGAUUCUGGAAAAGGUACAGCCCUCCAUGACAACUGGUCUUGAAACUGCAGAAGGCGAUGACUCAGAGGUCAUGGUCGGGUCAGAGGUCACAAGGGAGGAAAUUGACCUUGCUGUGAGGAAGAGAAUUGAAGCAAAAGACAGAACAGAAAACAAGAAAAAUAACGAUAGAAAAGUGUUUGGUGAGGAAGAUGGUGUGAAAAAGGAAAGGAAUGGUGAUAAAAGUGUAAGUCAGGAGAAAAUUAAUAAAUCCGAAGAUGAGAAAGAGGAUGAGAGUUAUUUCAGUGCUCCCAGUGAUGUAGAUGGCGCAAACAGUCCAAUGAAAACAAAUGUAGAUGAAACUCACACAAAACCAAAAUCAGAUGCUGAGGCUGAUGGCAUGUCUCAAAGAACUGACUUGAAAACAGAAGGAAUUGAAACGAAAAACCAGUGCCAGUCGAAACCCAUGAUGCCCGAGCUGAAGCGACAAGGAAGUGUGGCAAACCCAGUGACCCUGAUGCAAGCCUGUGUUCAUGGCUUCCAGGAAUUCUUCCAUGUUUACACAAACAAGCGUGUACUGAAGAACUCAGCUGUGUCAUCCAAGUGUAUCGACAUGAUCACCCUGUCCCCGGAGCUCGUCCGGUCCAGUGACAAGGACUCGGUGCUGGAUGGGAACUCUACGUGUAGUGGGGAUGACCGCCCCUACGCUGACAUGUCAGGGUUGAAGGUCUCGGCGGAGGGGUUGAAGGAGAAGAGUUUUGAGGCGUUCGGACAGGCGUGUCGACUGUUGGUCGACUUUUCCAGCUUUCCCAUGUUCUGUACAGACUAUCACAAGGUCAUGGACCAGACUUGUCAAACGGAGGACAGCAGUGCCCUACCAGAAUGGCUGCAGGACCUGAUCACAUGUGCUUGCUUUGUGGACUGCUUUGAGAUACAGAGUGCUGCCAUAGCAACCAUUCUGGAGCUCAUCACUCUCACCCAGUCCGUCCAGUCAGUGACUGAGAACAAGGGUCAGGAGACUGGUCAGCGAAUGUCCACCAGUGAGAGAGGAACAGUGUCUGUGGUGAUUCUGCCAUCACUCCUACCAAGGCACCUGCAGUACAUCAAUGACAAUAUGGUGUUCUACCAGACUGUAGCCCGUGAACUGUGGUCCUAUCUGAGCUCCAAAUUCAGCAUGCACCAUCUCCAGUGUGUGGAGCUGUUUCAUCAGUUGCAUCAGGUGACCCCAAGCAGUUGGGUGUGUGAAGAUGUGAUCGGGACUGCACUUGUCUCGGACAAUGAGAUCGAGCGUAUUGAGGCCUUGAAGAAGUUCACAGUCCUCUGGCAUCUCACCCGGGACCUGAAGAUUGACCACAACCCAGGACACCCAGUGCGGACAUUUGACAGAUCGAUGUUUGUGGUGCUUGACUACCUGAAGGAAGAGUCUAAUGCCACAAAGACCCUGGCAGCAACAUGGCUGACACAUGUGGUGCAGCGCGGCGACAUCAACAGGGUGCUGCAGCCGCUGCUGCUCAUGUUGCUGCACCCAGACACAGCCAGAAUCUCGAUCCAGCAUGUGAAUGUUCACAAACCAAAGAAAGUUCAGCUGUCAGAAUCUGGUGAUGAAGAUGACUUUAAUGCAAAAAUCUAUGCCAUCAGCAGCGAAGGUGGCAACGUCAUCUUCCAUGUGAGUCAAGAAGGGAACAGAUUUUCCCAGAAGACUACAGAAGAUUUGAAAUCUGUUGCUAUGACUGUGAUGAGCGAGAAAGGAUCUGCCACAACAGCACGAAGCAAGAAUGUAGAUGUAGACAAUGCUUUCGACCGAGUCAACCCAGAUGACCUCAAUUUGAGGAUCAAUCCGUUUGGUUCCCAGAACUCACUGGACAAGCUGAUAUUUGACGGGUUCGAGAUGCCCCAUUCAGCCUCCAUGCCUAAUCUGACAUCAGCCAGGAGGCUGGACAAGGAGACAUGUAAGAAGGAAGGAAUCUUUUUUGAUCCUGCAGAGGAAGCGAAUACCGAAUCAACUGAUGAUGAUGAGGCAUUUGAGGCCGAAAUGACAAAUGAGGACUUUGUGAGAGAGAUGCUCGAAGAAAUCCUUCACAAGGCUGUUUCCACUGCUCAGUCGGAUGGGUUCUCGAGGCGUGAAGCUGAACGUACCAUAAGCUUAACUUCCAAAGAUGGUAGUAUUUUAGGGGACCAUGACUUGUUGAACGCCAUUGGUAAAAGAGGUCUGGAGAUAGACUCACUGUCCAGCAGUGAAAAUGACCUCCGACAAGUUGUGGAAGAUGAGGAUGAACGAUCCACAGACAUACACACACUCCAUAUGCAUAUUCUGCUCUAUACACAGAAAUAUGACUACAAGCGAGCACUGUAUGCUCUCUCCACCAUCAAGGCCAUGUUGACCAUGUGUCCACGACUUGUGGUAACAGCCAUGUCCACCACAAGCAUCAGUGCAAUCCGUGCUCCUCACAUGACUAAGAUACAGACUUUACUUGCCCGACACAGGAAGUCAGUAUUUGGGAAGAACUUCUUUGGGGAGCUUCCUCCUGAGGUGCUAUCUGGUUACCGUAGCAACAUGUUUAUUGAGAUUGUUAUCUCUCUGUGUCUGUAUUAUGUGAGGAGUUAUUAUCCAAAUCUGAUGAUCAGUAAACCAUCGUCGGAAGAGUUGCUAGGCAACAAAGAGGUGCAUAUUAUGGCUACGGAGAUUUUGACCUUGUUGAUGUCCGAACUUGUCAGUAUUAUGAGAGAUAGUGGGAAGAGUUUCCGAUCCUACAUUGGAGACUUGUUGUCAAAGUGCAAGCUUCAGAAAGCUUUGCUUCAUUGUUUGCUCGCCAGUGUGUACAACAACAGAAAGAAAAAUCCAGAAAACAAGACCAAAAUCACCGAGGCGAUUAUCGCGUUUAACGAAGAAGGACUUGACCCGUGUGCUAACGAAACAUUCCAGAUUAAAUUGCUCAACUUGAUUCUCGUCAUGAUCAUGCUAGAGGAACAGAUUUAUGGAACCUAUUCUGACCCUGAAGCGGCCAAUCAGAAUGGAGUAUCUGACUGGGACCGGACUAGAGUGAACUUUCAGGCCUCACUCUUAAAGGUUCAUUAUUCGGCAUCUUUACCCAUCGUGCAACAGACAAUGUUUUUAUCUGGUGUUCUGAGCACGCUGAAGCAGCAUCACAUGUGCCAUAUGCAUCGACACUGGGUUGCCAUGGUAACAUCAGCACUCCCAUAUAUGGGGAAAGCGUUGUCCAGAGUGGUCCUGUGUAUUGUGUCUCAACUCUGUCGGAACCUGGAAGUCAUUGCUGGAGAGUAUGUCAUGAACAGUAAGAAAAGCUCGGCCCUGCUGCAGCUAGCCCCUCCUGACCACACGGUGACCAUGUUGGAAGGACUGACCACCCUGUGUCACUACUGCCUGCUGGACAACGUUUCCCCGAUGUCCAUCGGCCAGCCCGCACCCACAGCCUGCCUCAUCAGCACAGAGACGGCCAGCGCUGGACAUAUACUCACAAACCUCAUCCACGUUUUCAACCCCAUCAAUAGCAGCAGGGUAGGCCUGGAGACGAGUCCUCAACGAGAUGACUCCCCCAACAACCCGGUGCUGGAGGCACGGAGGACGCUACUGAGCAUCCUGCCCCGCAUCAUGGCCUGCAUGUCCACCCUAUGGAGGGCCAUCAACGCCGUCAAGGUGCCCGAGGCCAAGGCACUCGUGAAGGAGGGCUUCCUGGCUCUUGGCUCUCCCAAGGUGAUUAGGCAGCAGGUGCUUGAGUUCCUCAGCCCCGUCUCUGUUCCCCACGGCACCAACCUCCUCGGGGCCUUCGCUGUGGCCUGGAAUGACAGAAGGAAGAAGCCUAUCGGCGUUACAAAGAGGGUGAUCCCCCAGCCGUGUGAAGACCAGCUGUUGCUGGUGGAGCUUGUGGCUGCCAUCAGAGUCCUUCCCACAGACACUCUCAUACAGACCGUGAAGCAGGUUCUCAAACAGCCUCCCCCUGCCGAGCUGGGACAGGGCAAGAAGGUGGUUCCCCUAGAAGUAAACAUGCUGCAGUUCUUCUAUGCCUACAUCCAGCAGACCGGGUCAGUGGCGUUGUUGGACUCCUGGCCGUCCCUGCUGGGGCUGUUCAGGGAGGGGCUCCAGCUCAAUCUGGUUCCCCCGGGCCAGUUCCUGCUACUCGAGAUCCUGAAUGAGUUUGUACAGAAGACCCCAACAAUGGAUGAGAAGAAGAACCAGAAGGAUCUACAGGAGAUCACUCAGAAGGUUCUGGAAGCCGUGGGAACAAUUGCUGGGUCAUCACUGGAGCAGACGACGUGGUUGAGGCGGAAUCUGGCUGUGAAGCCGGGACCUCAGGCGGACAUUACAGAGGCUGAGGAUGGCGAAGUGACAGAGGAGAGUGAUGUGGAGGUGAUUGUUGCGGAGCGGAAGGUGGUGGAGAGUCAGCUGAACCAGGACCGGGAUGCCAAGUACAGCGUGCAGGCUCUCUCCAUCCUGGCCGAGUUGACUGCAGCUUUGCUAGAUGUCGUGUACGGCAGUGAUGAGAAGGACAAGGUGGCUCCAUUCCUCAUCACCACCCUGACCAACGUGUUCCCCUACCUCCGCAACCACAGCUGCCACAACCUGCCGAGCUUCCGAGCGUGUUCGCAGAUCCUGGCCAACAUCAGCGGGUACCAGUACACCCGGAAGGCCUGGAGGAAGGAAGCUCUGGAGCUGUUGCUGGAUCUCAGCUUCUUCCAGAUGGACGUCAAGUGUAUCAGCUUCUGGAGGACUGUCAUCGACAACCUCAUGACGCACGACAAAACCACGUUUAAAGAUCUCAUGGGACGUGUGGCAAUGACCCAGAGUGGAUCUCUGAACCUGUUCAGCAGCAAAGAACAAGAGUACGAGCAGAGAGCUCAGAUGUUGAAGCGGCUGUCGUUUGCCAUCUUCUGUAGUGAAGCCGACCAGUACCAGAGAAACAUGCCCGACAUUCAGGAACGUCUAGCAGAGAGUCUGCGACUGACCCAGGUGCCGUCCGUGAUGACCCAGGUCUUCCUGUGUUUCCGGGUCCUCAUCCUGCGCAUGUCUCACCAGCAUCUGACGUCUCUCUGGCCGACGAUCAUCACAGAAAUGGUGCACGUCUUCCUCCAGAUAGAGCAGGAGUUGUCCACAGAUUCGGAUGAAUUCAAGGGUGUGGAAACUUUGUUUAUUACAAACACAAACCAAAAACCUACAUCAUCAUGGAGGACCCAGCUCCAGCGUAUUGCAGCCCUUGACUCCAGCUGGGCACACCUCGGCAACGGCCUGAACGCCCACAACAACCCUGCCUGGUUGCAGCUGUACCUUAGUGUCUGCAAGCUGCUCGACCUGUGUCUGGCCCUGCCUGCAGACACCGUGCCUCAGUUCCAGCUGUACCGGUGGGCGUUUAUUGGAGCAGCUGGAGGGGAAGACAAGGAAGUGAUCAAAGACAAGCGUGUCCAACGACCCUGCUUUGUGCCACAUGUUGUCAGACUCUCCAAACUACUCAAUACCAGGCUUUCUGGAAAUAAUCCCAUACUGAAGCAGGUACCAGGUCGACCUCUCUUGACCUUCACUGUCCUGCGUUCAUUGGUUGAACUCCAACCUUUCUUCAACACACUCUGCAGCAUCAACCAAUCAGAACCAGAUCAUUCAAGAAGCAGCCAAUCACGUAGCAGGACACUACCAAAGUCCAAAUCUGCUCCUGUCAGUGUGCUGGAGGAUUCUACAGGCCUCCCCAUCCCAGCACUCCCUUCUAGUGUUCAUCCCAAAUCAAACAAACAGUUCAUUGAAGAGCUAGUCGAAAGAGAUUUCUUGGAGUUCCUGUCUCAAUGAUUAAGUACCAGGAUAUUUAGACAAUCUCUGUCUUUGACCAAUACUAACAUUGAUGAUACCCAUGUCAUUUGCCUUGUCUGUUAGGCUAGGUAACUUUGGUCUUGACCUCUGUACAACACAAAGAAAUAGUUAAGCCGGUAUACUAAAUGGCUUUGGGUGCUGACUAAUUUUCAUCUGUUGGUUUUAGAAAAGGAUGCAUGAUCAUAAUGCGUUACAGCUAAACACCAAAUCUGAUACGGUUCAUACUUAGAAAUUAUCUAUGUGUAUUUAUGAAUUUGAUAUUUACCAUCUUGCCAUAAGAAAAUGGACUUAGAUUAUGUCAUGUCCAUGGUGGUCACUUUCUAUAUGGACAAUCAGUGGUAUACUGGAGAAUGAUUUUUAAUCAAAUAAUCUAUAAAUUUUCGGUUUCAUUUUUAAUCACAGAUUUCAGGAAACUGUGCCAAUUUACACUUGACAGACGGGUACACAAAGUAUGUGAUCUAGACUACCAGUUGUUGGACAUUCUGUUUUGGAAGCCUCAGUGGUUGGGUGGGUUAGAUUGCUGACUUUGUGUGCUGGCGAUUAGGUGCCUCACUCUGGCAGUGUGGGUUCGAAUCCCAGAUGGGACUCAACUCAAAAAAGUACCGGUACUAGAAUCUGAUCCCAUAUAUAACAUUUGUACACAGGUUUCAGAUUUAUUGCCUUGCACUCCUUACCAUGCGGACAAUAACGAGUAUUAGAUCGGUCAAUCCUGUCGAAUAGAAUUCAGAAUAUUCCAAUAUUUUUAUACACAGCCUGAUUGUCUGAUAUAAAGGAGCUCCCUGUUGGUGUGUGAUAAGAGUUCCUGCUGUAAAGCUACAGUUUGUCAGGAUGUUAUCAUACCUCUCUCACCUCUCAUGCUUUUGGUGUGAGACUCAUGCAGUUUCAUUACAGAUCAUGCUCUCACAAUCACUACUUGAAAUCGCAAGCAUUUGUUAAAAUGUAUAUUUUUUUCUUCCUGGUAGGUCUACAUCGCAAGAAAAUACAAUGGGAAUCUCCCUGUCAGCCUUACUAACAUUGAAAAUGACAUGAAUUCUAAUGGUUCAACUAAGCUUGUGUAAAAAAAUAAGAUGCAACAGCACAUACAGCAUCACUGGUCUAUCAGCUUUUGUCGUUAUUGUCUACAUCAUGCCGUUCGACAAUUUAUGAUAAACUGAACCACAGGAUUCCUAAAUAACGGUGCUGCUAAAAUGAUUAAAACCGUCUUUCAUGUAACUUUAUUUAAUCUCACAUGUACCAAGACAGAUUAACUUUAGUUAUCAUAAAGAAUCAUGUGUACUUUAACUUUUGAGUUGUAUGUCAGACAUUUUGUUUUUGGUUCAUGGCUUUCAUCGAGCUUUCAUAUUUUUGAGUGUAUAUCAACUUUCAAAGUGAUGGAUGUGUAUAUAGUUGUUUCUCCGGUUUCAUGAGUAUAUUAGUUCACAUGUUUUUAGUUUCUUGUCCCAAAAGUCAUGAAAUCCUGUUUGUACAAAUAUGUCCAUGUAUACCAUAUGUAUAUGACGUAUUCCUACUGGUUGUGUGAUAUAGAUUCAAGUAGACAUUUGUAUGUAAUGUAAAUAGCAAAUGUUGACACAUUUCUCUUCUUGGUCUUCCUCUGACAGAUUCACAUUGAUUGGGAUGUGUGAUAAUAGUUGAUGAGAAUAAUGCACAAAUUUUUGAAGUGCAUAUUAAAAUCAUUUUUAUGAAAUCAGUUUCAUUUUAAUGUAAGUUGCUCUAUUGAUCUCAUACUGAAUGAUAGACUGUAUGCUUGCUUACCUGUAAGGUAUACCGAGAUAGGACUUUUUAAGAUGCAUGGGUCAAUUUAUUUUUUGUGUGUGUUGUCUGAUUAAAUAGGGGAUAGAUUAACAUAGAGUGUCUGGUAGGGCUGUUACAAUUCACUCAUGUAUUCGGUGAAACAAACCGUAUUCAUUCAGGAAUUGAAUUCGUUAUUCGUGGCCACUAGAAUUGAAUAUUCAUGAAUAUGCAAGCAUGUGCAUUUACAUAAAAAUACCCAAAAGAACAUUCUUCAAAAGACAACACUCUUAUACUAUUU